CUCAGAUCACGAGCGAGCUUGGGUACAAGCGUAUUGUGUUUUGUUUACAAACAAAACACAGUAGACUUCCAAGAUGGCUGAAGAGUGGUUUUAGUAAGUUGGCCCACCUUAGAACAUACUUCUACGCGCCUUGGAUGUGACAGGACUGAAAGUUGUCAAUCGAUAAUUCAAUCCAAACAAUAAUAGAAAAUAACGAAAAUUCUACUUGGAUGGGGUUUCUCUACUAAUUUUAAUAAAAAAUGUCAAAAAGUCGGCCGCUAUAUGAUUUAAAUUCAACCGCUGGUCUUAUGCCGCUUAUUCAAGCGUUGGUCAAACCACCGGACUCAAAUGAUCUCUCUGCGAAACCUGGAAUCAAAAAGGCUAAUCAUCCAUAUUAUAAGAAACCAGGACGUGGUCAUAAUAAUGAUACCUGCGAUUCCUGUGGCGAAGGAGGAGACUUGAUAUGUUGCGAUCGUUGUCCUUCGAGUUUUCAUCUAGGCUGCCACGAUCCUCCCUUGCAAGAAACGGAUAUUCCAAAUGGGCUUUGGAUUUGUCACACUUGCAAGAUGACCGAUUCUAACUUAUCAUACAGAGCCUUAAGAACUGAUGUGAAGUCCGGGGGCAAAAACGAAUCGCAUCAAGAAGUGCAAGGAUUAGCUACAUCUGGAGAGUCAUUGCAAUCUGUGAAAACAAAAAGAACGCUCAAUCGUAGCAAUUCUCGUAAAAAUUCCUUUUCCAGUAUCUGCGCUGAUAAACCGGUUGCUACUAAAGAAGAUAAUUUGGGACAACCUUCAAACGUGAAAGAAUUGAAUGAUUCCGCGAAUUUAACCCCAUUGGAUCAUUUGAUACAAGCGGCACGAAUAUUAAAUCCUAGGCAGUUUGAAUUACCCCGGGAGAUGUAUACUCACUUUCCGUUUCCUGGAACGGAAAAACAGGAUUGUGUCCAAAAAAAUGGAAACGGUAGAAAAGGUGUUCGGGGGCGCAAGGUUUAUGAGCUGGACAGCCAGGGUUUGGUUCCCCUUCCAGCAAAAACGUGUCAUGUUUGUGGCAAAUCAUGUCGAAAAGCUCCACUGAUAGCGUGCGAUUAUUGCGAUCUUUUAUUUCAUCAGGAUUGUCUCGAUCCACCUUUAACAGCGCUGCCAACUUCUAUGUGGAUGUGUCCAAAUCAUGUGGAACAAUUCAUUGAUUGGAAACUGGUUAAUUCGGUAUCGGCAACGGAAAGAAUAAAGCUGUGGAAUCAAUUCAGUGUCGGCAUCGAUCAAGAUAUUGUGAAAAACGAGUUCUUCCGUAAGGUUCACCGGCGUAAUCCACCUUUUCGUGUUAAACAUCGGGUCAACUUACGUGAUCGGAUUGAGAUUCCACAGAUGAUUAAAUUCCAUUAUCGCAACCCUCCGGAUUUGUUGCCGACGUUGCGUAAAUUGCUUCGCGCUAGGAGAGCAAAUCGUCCAUCAAACAUUUCCAUCAUAUCUUACGAUGAUUCGCAAUUAUUGUCGAUGAUAGAUGGACAAUUGCAAGCAAUUAAUGCUGCAGAUGCUCAAAUUGGAAACACUGAAACAUCAACCAACGUAAUGGAUCCUGAAGCAAGCGAUAAAAAGGAUGGUAUAGAAACAUGUGUAGAGAUGGAAGUUAAGUCCACUGAUAAGAAACCUAAACACUUAGUAGCGGAAAAAGAUCAUACGAAAUCGAAUCGAUUAAAUAUUUCAGAAGGUACAGUUGGAUAUUCGGAUAAAAAAGACGAUCCUGAGGGCCCCUCAGAGUGUAAGAAAACGAGAGUUGAACAUACAGCUGAUCACGAAAAAAUGAUAAAUAUAAAAAAGGAACUUGAACUACUGGAUGAUUCUCUGAUUCAAAAACUUGCAUAUCAAAGGCUACAACAAAUACUAUCGCACAAAACCAAUAAGGACAAGAAUACUGUUUCGGAUGAUUGUUCUUCUGCCAAAUCUAUUGAGGAAAUAAUACAAACAGAUCCAUCGAUUAAAUCGAUGCCCUUGCCCAGCCAACUGUUAACCAGAGAUGAUAUAGAACGGAUCGCAAGGGAAUUUACGAGUCCGAAAAGAGAAAACGAAAUAGUGGACACUACAAAUAAUGCAUCAUGUCCGCCUUCUCCGAUGGCAGGUUUCAAAAGAAAAAAGCCUGAUAGCGUAGUAGAUACGAUACAGGCCAAACUAUGUAUAUUGUCGACAAAUCUCAAGUACACUAUGUCCCACAUGGACAUACGAGCUCGAGCAGUUAUAACGCCCGUGGAUGUAACCUUGCCGGGCUGCAGUUGGUAUGAAAAACCUGACCUUUCACGUUCUGUUUACAUGCGAUAUCGUUCAGUUUCAAUCGGAAAUGGUCCAGGAAGUGAUGUUCAUCUUGCAAGUUUUGGUAAAUGUAAAUCUGUUUCUGACAAACAUGCUACAAUAUUUUAUGAUGAGGUCACAAAAAUGUUUGAAUUACUCAACUAUUCAGAAUUUGGCACUGUUGUAAACGGACAACUAUUUUCUUGCGAUUUUACUGAUUUUUCCGUGCCCUCUGUGAAAGAAUUACCGACGACCGACUCCGGACAGGUACCAACGAAAAAAUCGAAACGAGAUGAACAUGAUGAUGGUAACAAGGACAGGAAGAUAGAUAAAUAUAAACUUCGUCAAGAAGUCAUGAACCUGAUCGAUAUGUCGCGAAAAUGCAAACGUGAAAGUCAUGAUAGUCUUACAGCGUUAAGAAUGGCAAGUGUUUCACAACCGGAGUGCAAUUGUGUUGAUCCAAAUCCGAAAAUUUCAGCCUGGGAAGGAACAGCUAUUCUCUAUCAUGGUGUUUUACUGAAAUUUGGUUGUUUGUCGUUUGUUUUCACCAUAACGGAUUAUGAUAAAAAUACAGAAGAGUUUGCUGACACAGAUGAAAGCUCAGAAGAAGAAAUUUGAACAUAGUUCGGAUAAGAUUUUUCUCGAAAACUGUUCUAAAAUACGAAAUUCCUGUUGGGAUAAUUGAUGGAGUAUUCGAUCGAAAAUUCGAUGCAUAGGAACAUUAUUAGGAAUGUGCUUCAUUAUUCUCUUGUGUGGAAAAUUUAAACAUUUUAAUAGAAAAUGUUAUGUUAAAGCAACUGGAAUCAAUCGUUCGCAUCAUAAAUAUGUCGCCAAUGAAUAAUGAUGUAAUUGUUCAUACAAAAAUACAUAAAUAUUGCUUUUGAAAUAUUUUAAA